GGCAGGCGUCAAGAUGGCGGCGUCCGUGGAGCUGGACCUGCUCCCCCUCUACCUGGAGCAGCUGCCCACCGACCCCUUGCUGCACAUCCUUAGCCUUCUGGAUUACAGGGACCUUAUGAGCUGCUGUUGUGUAAGUCGUAGAUUAAAUCAGAUUUCGAAUCAUGAUCCGUUAUGGCGGAGGCACUGUGAGAAAUACUGGCUUGUGUCUGAAAAUGAGAAAUCUCAGAGAAAUAAGAGCUGGAAGGCAAUAUUUAUGGAUAUAUAUUCUGAUUUUGGAAGGUAUAUUCAGUAUUACGCUACACUUAAAAAAGCCUGGGAUGAUUUGGAAAAAUAUUUGGCACAGCGCUGUCCUCGGAUGAUUGGUUCUUUGAAAGACAGUGUGCAGGAGGAAGACCUGGAUGCUGUAGAAGCACAAAUUGGUUGCAAACUCCCUGAUGACUAUCGAUGUUCAUUUCGGAUCCAUAAUGGACAGAAGCUAGUUGUGCCAGGUUUGAUGGGAAGUAUGGCACUUUCCAAUCAUUAUCGCUCUGAGGACUUGUUGGACAUUGACACAGCAGCUGGCGGUUUUCAGCAGCGGCUUGGACUGAAACAAUGCCUCCCGUUAACCUUUUGCAUUCACACUGGAUUGAGUCAGUAUAUGGCUUUGGAGAGCGUGGAGGGUCGCUAUAGUUAUGAGAUCUUCUACCAAUGUCCAGAUCAAAUGGCCCGAAACCCCUCUGCGAUUGAUAUGUUUAUUACAGGUAGUUCUUAUUUGGAAUGGUUCACCACCUAUGUAAACAAUGUAGUAACUGGAGGCUAUCCCAUCAUCAGGGACCAGAUUUUCAGAUAUGUCCAUGAUAAAGAUUGUGUAGCAAGAACAGGAGACAUUACUGUUUCAGUCUCCACAUCAUUUCUACCUGAACUCAGUUCAAUACAUCCACCUCACUAUUUCUUCACCUACAGAAUCAGAAUUGAAAUGUCCAAAGAUGCACUUCCAGAGAAGGCAUGUCAACUGGACAGUCGUUACUGGAGAAUAACUAAUGCCAAAGGUGAUGUAGAGGAGGUUCAGGGCCCAGGAGUUGUAGGAGAAUUUCCAAUAAUAGGCCCUGGUCGAGUUUAUGAAUAUACUAGCUGUACAACAUUUGCCACUACAUCAGGGUAUAUGGAGGGGUACUAUACAUUCCAUUGUCUCUACUACAAAGAAAAGUUUUUUAAUGUCACCAUUCCUAGAUUUCAUAUGGUUUGCCCAACAUUCAAGGUAUCCACAGCACGCAUGGUAAGUUGGGGGAAUUGUUGCUUAUUUUUAGAGUCUUUAGAAACCAUUCAUGAUGAAUGGGAUAUGGAUGAGGAUGAAUACUACUCAUUGAACUCCGAUGACUAUGAAGACCCGCAUAGAACGCUGGACAAUAUGUAG